AUGCUUUCACUUGUAAAGAAAUUUUCUGGAUGCUUUGUUCGUGGAUGUUCCUGGUGUAAAAACGUUGGAGUCCGUAAAUUUUUUAGUGAGGAUUAUUUUUGGACCAAAGCAAAUGUUGGCCCAUUUUUCAUAGGUCUUUUCACAGCACCUUAUUGGAUUUCUGGUUUAAAAAAUAUAUACUGGAGUAUACGUUAUGAUCAACUCAAUAAGCAGGAAAUAUUAUCCGAUAGAUUCACUUGGCUAUAUGAAAGAAUGUUAGAAGAUGAAGUUCACAAAACACUUUUAGAUAAAUUACCAUCAUAUAAUUUUAAAAAUAAUGGCCCAGAAAAUAUAUUAGGCCCUAAUAAAAUAUAA